AUGGCACCCCCGCAGCGACUUCUUCACGUUCCGACUUCAGCCUCGUGCAACUGGAUCGCUGACGAAGCGACUGGUCUUGGCAGAGACGGCUCGGAUCUUCGACCCUCUAGACGCCUCCUUGACGACCUUCCGCUGUUGGAGCAGCUUCGGCUAAAACGAUGGCUGAAUACUGACGAGCAGCCACAAGUUGAGUUCCACGGGUUUGCUGACGCAUCGGAGCGAGGUUACGCAGCAGCCGUCUACCUCCGCGUGGCGGGCUCCUCCGCUUCAAUCAGUAGCCUGCUUGCUGCAAAAAGCAAGGUUGCACCCAUUAAGCCCGUGUCUCUACCGCGUUUAGAAUUGUGCGCCGCAGUGCUAGUCACUAACCUGACUUUCCAUCUCCGCAAGACCUUAGGCUUGGUUUCAGCUCCAGUCACUUUAUGGUCGGAUUCCCGGGUGACUCUCCAAUGGAUCGAGGGUCAUGCCUCCAGGUGGAAGACUUUCGUGGCCAACAGGGUGUCCCACAUCCAGACGAAGCUUCCAGAGGCACGAUAG